AUGUAUAAAAUUCUUUUGGCGGCUUUAGCCUUGACUGGUCUCUCUAUUGCACACCCGGACGUGUAUCUGAUUCGUCAUGGCGAAAAACCCAAGGAGGGAAAUGGACUUAACGAGGAUGGUCUGGAUCGGGCAGAGUGUCUUCGACAUGUCUUUGGCGCGCACUCAGACUAUAACAUUGGAUUAAUAUUAGCUCAAAAGCCCAAGAAGAACGGGAAACGAGGCAGACCCUACGAAACCGUAAAACCACUCGCCAGAGACCUGGGGAUGAAGGUUGACAUAUCUUGUAAUCGUGAUGAUGCAAAGUGUGUUAAGAAGGCUAUCGCAGAUUAUAAAGGGAAUGGGAAUGUCUUAAUUUGCUGGGAGCAUCAUAGAAUGACAGACCUUGUGGAAGCUCUGGGGUAUGAGGAUGCACCACAAUACCCAGAUGAUCAAUUCGACUUAAUCUGGAGUGAUCCAUUCCCUUACAAGAAAAUAACGGAGAUAAAGAGUGAGAAAUGUGUUGGUCUGGAUUGGAUGCCUGAGGAGUUAUAA